CGGAGACGUCGAAGACACAGACAGACACCGCCCGGGAAACAGCCAGAGAGACUCGGUCCGAGAUUCAGGGAUUCGCCGGGCCCCCGGAUAGAGAGAGCGGUUUAACAGUCAGGAUCUGCGGACUGCGAGUGACAGCUGGGCCGCCAGAGUAAGGAAGAUCCCGGCUACACCCCAGGGACAGCUAGGCCCCACCGCCCCCUCCAUGAGCAAGCUCCCCGUCUCUCUGCAUUACCUCCAUUAACUUUCACUACAAAGCUCCCUAUUCACCAAUUCUCACAUCUGGCCCUAACUGACCUCCCUCUCACCUUGCUCCCAGUCCCUCCUCUCAUUUUGUGUUUUACAUCCAAUGCCAGGGCAUGCUCCUUGCCAUAGAAAUGAAGACCCUUACACUUGGCAUUUACCCUCUAAUCUACCCCUUUGCUCUCCUUUCCUUAAUCCCCUCUUGUUUACCCUUUGCAGGUGUCCGCUGUCAUGUCUGCAUCUCGAAAUCUUCAACUCUGGUGCUCCCAGCAAUGCCAGGGGUACCCUGGGGUACAGGUGUCUGACCUCAGCUCCUCGUUUCGCGACGGACUGGCUUUUUGUGCCCUCAUUCAUUGCCACCGACCGGACCUUAUGUAAGUAAUUACUUAUGUCCAAGAGCUUACGAUCAAUUCUGUAGAAUAAACAGCUUCUUAAAGAAAAUCUGUGAAAAAGGAAAAGCCUUUGCCGCACUCUAUCCAUACCCAUCUGUAUGGGUUUGCUGCACAUUGCUGAUUUUCUAAAGGCACAGAAGAUAAUGUAUAUUAUUUCCUAAAGUCCAAAUACUAGGAAGUUGAAAUUAGAAUGGCAACGUUAGGCCAGAUAGCGCAACUCUAAACAUUGCCGAGUUGAAUAAUGUCCCAAAUCAGAAAUUGCAUAAAUUUUGCAAUUAAGACUUUGUUUGCUUCAAUUCAGUUUUGCGAAUAUACCAUGUGAACCAUGCAAUUCAGCUUUCAAAUCACUAUCAGUUUGUGUUUUGGAAUAUACGACUACUUGGUGGUCUUUCAAAUAACCAAAAGAUUUCUAUUCGCUCACUUCAGAAUGAAUAACUGACAAAUAAACUUAAGCAGUUAUCUAACAAUUGUAAUUUUUUGUAUUUUAGUAUAAUUUGUAAAGGUGGUGAAUGAUUUGAGUAAUUCAUUAACCUAAGCAAUGUAUUGCAUGCUAGAAAAUCAAUUACAAUAAAUCUCUUGGUUGUAAACUGUGCUGGUCAUUAUAGUGGUCUUGGCCGCAAAUCUUGGUAAUUGCUCUUUCAACAUAGCCUCUACCGAGUUCAUUAUUAAGGUUUCAGUGAGCUUUUGCGUUUAAAAAUGAGCUGUUUCCUGUUUUAAGAUCAGUAUCUAUGCCAGUGGCUAAACUAAGGUUACAAUUCAAAAUUAAAUUUCUUGAUUUACAGAAAGUUAGAUAGAAAAAAGGUAUUUCACUGAUCUACUGCAUAUCUGACCAAUUGAAGUCACAAGGUUGAGAUGACAACUUGUUUUUAUUCUUUAAGGCCCUUCCCUUUCUCUUCUGAUUCAUCCUGGAUGUGAUACUUUUAAAAAUUGCCUUCUGUAUAAAUUAAAACCUCAAUGUAUUUUAGGAGUGUGUGUGUGUACACACUGGUUUUUAAUUAAUUAUGUAAAUGAAGAGUUAAUGUUUUUUUACCUAUGGUUUUGUUCCAUCCGUUUUUUUGUUAAUAUAGGUUGAGAAAUACUGGCAGCGGUUCCAAACCUUUUUUCACUUGUGUUCCAGUUGGCAGCCCAUUUCCAUAAAUUGUACCCCUCACAAACCCCGCAAAAUGUCUGUAAUUAAUAUAGUUGCUGUUAUUGUAAAUUUUAUACAUUUUCCUCUGCCCCAGGCUUCUCCUCUGCCCAAGGCUCCACUGCCGUGCAUGCAGAUGCACAGACACACAGAUAUAAACAGUGAUGCACAUAUAAAUACAUACAGAUGCAAACACUGACACACAUACAUUAUUGCCACCUACUGGCUGUGGCUGUUGGGAGUUAGGGGCAUGCUCCCCCGGUCUGCCCCAUACAUCCUCUUCCUCUGCCUCCUGCACGACUUGGAGUGUGUUAACUAGGUGGAAGUGGCAGGUUCUCACUUCCUCCCAGGACUGCAGAUAAGAAAUGGGCCCAGUCGCGCUGUUACUGCAUCGCAGUGCAUGACUGGGCGCCUGAUAAAACUUGUCCAUGUACGCUUACCACAGGUUGGAAACCACUGCUCUAUGGACCCUCGCACCACACCACCCCAAUCAUUUAACAUCUUUUUACUUAAUAAAGAGGGUGUUACUUGCACUUUACAACCAUAUAGACUUUGUUUUAUUCACUAAACAGUGAAUUGUCAGAAUUCACCAGCUAUAUAUAUAUAUAUAUAUAUAUAUAUAUAUAUAUAUAUAUAAUGUUUUUUUUUUGUUUUUUUUGGGGACGAAGUCUGCCAUAAUUUAAACUGAUACGUGUUUGGCAUAUAAAUUGCAAUUUGUAGGCUAAUUCCCACACUCUGUUCAUUUUAAAGCUUGUGUGUGUUUGUGUGCCAAAGUUCUGAAAUGUGUAACUGUUUCAGUGAAAGAGAGUAAUGGUUAAUAUGCCAGUCUUACAGAAGAAACAUCUUAUACUGCAUUGCUGGACUAUUAAAAAAAAAUAAUAAUUCCUCUGUUGAGUGCCCUCCUCCUUUUUUUUUCCAUCUGUUAUGGGAUGCAGCACAGUUGUUGUACAACCCACCUGUCAGUAAAACACUCCAUGUAUUGUUGACCGUGAUAAUGGAGGAUUAAUACACCCUGCAAACUCAGGCAAGGAGGAUUAGUUCCCAAACGUUAAUUUCGCGUUAGUAAAUCCUGGUCAAAAUAAUUUUGAGACUCAAAUGUGAAUACAUUUUGACAAAUUUUUACUUGUGUUUUAAUUGAGUAAACCAAAUGCAGAAUAAGCAUCAGAAUUAUCAAACUAAAUCCUGAAAAUGCCCAGUUAUUCCCAAACGAAUCUUGAAAAUAAAUAGGUAUGCUGAUACAUAAAAAGUCAGCACCCACAAUCUUAAAACUGCAUUUUAAAAAACGAGUGCAUGUAACCGGAAACCCCUACUAACUAGAGCUUGGCCGAGCUACCUCCCUCUUCUCUCACCUCAAGGACAAUAUAGUAAUGGAUUGAGAGAAAAAAAAACCUGUGGGAAUUCUAAGCUACUGUAACAGCAGGGAAGUGCAGUGAUGGUGACACUUUUUACUGAACUUACUGAUAGCAACUAAUAAUAUAAGCAUUAUCCCAUGGCCCACUAUAAACAUGGAGGUCCUGCAGAAUACCCUUAAACGAUUCCUCACGCAAUUGGCAGAGAUCUAAGGAUCAAAGAUUCUGAGUAAUCCUGUGACUUCCUUCCCAGUGAAUUCAGUAUUCUGUGCUAUUGCAUAGGGCAAAAGUUUAUGCAUCACCAAGGUCCCAAUUAGUCUGCUUGACCUAGAGAAUAAUUAGAAGAGGUAGCCAAGAUCCCCAUAUAAUUAGAAUGGGGUCCUGGCAACUGCAGAUCACUUAUUGCCCUGACCUGUGUGCUGGCCAUCCCUCUCCCUCUCUCUCUGAAAUUUUGAUACAAUUAACUAUUUUGAAAACCGUUCAGUAUUUUUUAUAGUUUGUCUGAAAUUUGCUAAAAACAUUGUAUAUAUCAAAAUAAAAUGUGCACAGUCCAGGCUGAUCUCCCAGUUUGCAUUAUUUACAAAUGUUGCAAUCCAGAGGCACAUUAAGAGCUUUUAAAAAAAAAUCUCCCUGGUGUUUCACCCAUUUAUAAUCAGCCCGCUGUUUGUAAUGUACUUGGCAGCAGGAGGCACAUUCCUUACUGGCAUUGCAAACACUCCUACUGCCCAACAUUAAACAUGCUAAAUGACAUACAACUAACUUUAUGCUUGCCUUCUGCAGUACCUUACCUUUUUUGUUGUUAAUCCACAGAAACUUUGAAUCCCUCUCCAAAGAAAAUGUCUUUGAGAACAACCGCCUGGUAAGUUGAAGAAGUGUUUGGUGGGGUUCAUUGUUGUAGAUUUAAUUUUGAUGUGACACAUUUGUUCUGAUCAAACUUUGUUCCUGUUUGAUAUUUUUUUUGUAAGUUGUUUUAAUAAGCUAUAUCCAUACCUUGCUGCCCCCUUGCCAUUCUGUUGUUUACCUUUCUCAUGGAUGGAGAGGCUGAAACAAGAUUUACUGGGGCUAAUAUCAUUUGUGGCUAGAAAAUGCUUCCCAGUGUCUAGUUUUUGCCAAAACAGGAGCAUGUUGGGAUAUGGGCAGCCAACUUAAAUUCACUUAAAGGAACAUUAUAGUCACCCACACAACUUAACAUGGUCUGGGUGCAGUGGUUCUUUCGUGUUAACCUUGCAAUGUACAAAUGUGGAUUUUUUAUUUUUUAUUUUGAAACUGCAGUGUUUACAUUGCAGGGUUAAAUUCACAUAUGGAAGAAGAUUAUAUACGUCAAGGUUUGAAAAAUAUUUGCACCUUUACCGUAUAUUCAAGUGGAAAGCUAUAGAUAAAGUGCAAGUAGGCAAAUGGUGUUCACUUACUCCAAAUGACACGUUGUAUAUUAGGCGAACAUUAUUGUGGGAGAGAAAAGGAACAUUUAAAAAGGUGUCCCAAAGAGGUUCCUCUUGCCAAGGCGCCUUUUUCCCAGAUCACUGGGCUUUCUCAAUCCGUGUGUAGUCACAGCUGCUUCCUCUUGUCUUUAAGUAUCCCCUCGGAGUUUUCUUAUUUGGCCAUUCAAACACUCCUUGUCCAAUGUUUACAGAGAGUCCGUCUGUCCCAGGUGGCACUCAUUAAAUCAUAUCAAACUUCAGUGGGUCGGACGCGUUAAUCACCAUGUCACCUCUGGUCUUGAAUUGGCCAUUUUUACCUAGGGCAUCUGGCCGUACUCUGUACUCAUCAGAAGUAACGUAUCGGGACCUACUGCCACGUCAUUUCCCCUCUAGCGUUUGUUACCACAUGCAUGCUGGGAGCAGUAGUCCAGAACGGACAAUCUUCCGAUUAUCGUUGUUGGAUUCACUCAUAUAGAGAGUUGUACAUAUGGAUUGAAAUAAAUAAAAACAUAUUAAUAUACUAGUAUAUGUAAACAAAUAUAAAUAACUUAUUCUAUUGACAAUGUCUCUUUACUUAUAAAGGAAACAGUACCAUUAAGUGGACAAUGUACGUGAUAGUAAAUUGAGAGUACUAGCUGGUUAAAAUAAUAGCAUUUAUGUAACCCCAUAUUAGGAAUAACUAAGGACAGUCAAUAUGUCAGAAUCAUUGUCAAUAUUACAAGGUAUGAUGCAUAAAGUGAGAAAAGUGCCAUAUUGUAGUGAUCAAAUGUUAUGCUUCUAUCAAUAUACAAAAUGUGCUGAUCAAAUAUAUAUAUUGAAAUAGUAAAAGAUAAUUUUAAAAUGUCAUGAAAAAUGGCAUAUCUUCCCCACCCCCUCACAAACCACUAUACUCGUGAAAACAAUGAAUUAUAAAAAACAAAAAUAUAUGCUGAAACCACCCACACAUACUUGUUCAAUCUGUAAAAUUGUCACAAUGCCAUUAUGUAUGUUACACAGUGUAUAAAUUACAAACUUUCACCCCCAGUCUCUUUUUUUUUUUUUUUGUACCCCCCAAAAAACCCCCCCAAAAUCUUCAAAAUAAAAAAUUUAUAAAAAAUAAAUAAAAAAAAUGGCAUAUCUCAAAAUCACUGUUAUAGGAAAAAAAUUUGUUUAAAUAAUUUGGGGAAAAAAGUCAUUUUCGGUUUUCGGUCAAGGGCAUCCUGAAUUUUCGGUUUCGGCCCAGAAUUUUCAUUUCGGUGCUCCUCUAAUAUGCAAUAAAUAUGCUUAAAGUUAAUGUCAAAUGUGAAUAACCAUAUUGACAGUUACUUUAAUUCUGACAAAUUUACUCGUUCUCUUCAAAGUGCAUCAAGUGAGUCGACCGCCUGCUAAACACUGUUGUUAAGCAUUGUCAUCAUGCCUAAUCUAACCUGUAAAGUACAGGUGAUGUUGCUAGAGAGGUAUAAAUAAUGCAUUCUUUGUAACAUUGAUUCCAGAUGCAGCAGUUUCCAAUUAAAUAUAGUAUCUUUUCUAGUAUCUAACAGAACAAUCCUUUUUAAUGUACUUUAUACUCUGCUGACAGGAAUGACACAGGGAUGACUUUGGGUACAUGAACAAGUGUAUGCAGGCUCGUGCAAUUUCAGAAAAGGCAUUGAAAAAGAAAGUAAAUUGGAGGAAAAGGCGGGUGCACUUUAGUGGUGCUAAGGGACGAGAGAGAAAACCUCCCCAGCCUGGAUACGUUUCUUAUUUGAUUUUUAAAAAGUGUAUUUUUCACAUAGAAAUAGGCACUUAUAGGAAGUGGCAUUAAGAUGGUCCUUUAAGCGUUGCUAAGCAUUAUGGGAUAUUUCCCAUGUUAUUCAGAGGGGAUUAUAAUGCGCUAAAAAAAGCCACAAAGAUUACUCCACACCCUUAAAGCACCUCAGCUGAGAAUCCCAUAAUAAAGACCGUUUAGAAAAGUGCUGAUUUCUAUUACAAAUCUGCACUUUUAUAAAUAAUUAAUGAAGCCCUGCCUGGCUGUUUGAUUGACAGGGGGUUUCUUCCUUGAGCUUUCGUGAGCACGCUUUCCUCCCCCCUGCAUACCUCAGACCAGCGUCCAGACCUCUGAUCCGUAUGUUGUUCGUGCGCGCAUGCACAGAGGAAUCCCUUCAGAGGUUUCUGAGUAAGAGAAGGAAGGUUUUUCUUUGGAUUUUGUUUUCCCCUAUUUGUUUAUCUACCUUGUGGAAUAAACCUUUCCUUUUAGAUUCGGAGUGCUUAUUUUCUUUGCAUUUCUGAGUAAGAUACCUCUAUUUCCAAGUGAAGUGACAGAAAGUCUCUUCAGGGAAAAAAACGGAAGAUGUGCAAAGGCUGCAAUUUAUAAGAACGGCAGCUUUUGCAAAAUAUUUUAAGAUAUACUGCCAAUGAACGCGUGCAUGAAAAACACAAUGUAUUCAUUGGAGGUGUAUCUACUAAUCAGUGAUUUCUAUUUUUACUUUCUAAUAUAUGCAGUGGAGUGUUCGUUUAAGAGUUUUUAUUAAGUAUGCUGACUAGUAAUAUAUCAUUGAUAAAAUUCUCAUACAUCACUAAAUGAACCGUAAUCAGGCUUAAUAAAGCAUUCAGUAAAACUGUAGUGGGGGAGGGGUGACUAUAAACGAGUGCGUGUUUUUGUUUAUUUAUAGCCUGGAAGUGUAAAUUACUAUUUACUUCUCUAUUAUACUCAGACAGAAGUCAAAUAACUCUCCACCUUCCCUUUGAGGAGUAAUCCAAAACAAUGAGUCAUUAUGGUAUUGCUUCCUUUAGCAGCACCUGGCCUUUUGACAAAUUUAACUGAAAGGGACACUUUUGACCCCUAAUGCAUUAUAGCUUUCUGAAGUGAUUUGUGUGUGAAGAGUGAUUCCUCUUUUUAUAAUUUUACAAAAAGUGCAGAUAUCAAUAGAAAUUAACCCCCCUUUUUUAAAAAACAAUUUACCUUGUUACACCUCCUGGCUUUCAAGCAGACAACAGCUCAAGUUACUUCCUGGUUUGUUUAGCUCAGUGGACAGUUUUUCAGAGCACCUGCCUUGUAAAGACUUCUCAUUGAGCUGCAUUGGGAAGUCUGUGAUUGGACAGCCACAGAUAGUCUGGGCAGGGAAAUAUCUGGGAGGACUUGAAAAACUGCAGAUUUGCAAGCUGCUUUUAAAUAUACUGCAAUGAAAGAAUUCAUAAUUAAAUGCAUGCAUGUUUUAAUUUGGUGUGUGUGUAUGUAUGUGUGUGUGUAUAUAUAUAUAUAUAUUUAGAUAUUAUUUUGGGGGCAGUAGAGUAUUUAAAAAAAAAAAAUCAUGGGUUAAUUUACUCAAUGAGGAAAUGCACAUCUUAUAACAAAAUGAACUGAAUUUGAAAAGUUUUAGUUAAUCAACUGUGCUUUGCAGGAUCAAAGUGUACACAAGAACUAAGGUUUAAUGAUGCUGUUCUAACUAUGUAUUUAUAUAAAUUAAUUGGGUUGCUUAAACAAAACAGGUAGCGGAAUUAUUUUAUUCAUCCUUUAAUAAUUAUCGACAUGAGGUUUUUAUACCCAAUGAAAAGGCAAAAUCUGCCAUGAUUUAAAUAAAUAUUACAGUUUCCAUGUUAAUAAUGGGAGUUGUGGUGUUUCUCCUAUGCAUUUCUUCCACUGUAAUUUCACAUUUGUUAAAGUACCCAUCCAAGCACCAUAACCACUACAGUCCACUGUAGUGGUAUGGUGCCGGGAGUGUUCUUUUGCUGUUCCAGUGUAGUUUGUUAAACCAUUUUUAGAAUGGUUUGACAGUUUACUUGCGUCCUGCCAGGCAAUUGCAUCUGAAUAUUGUGCUUCUGCAUAACCAACUGGAGAAUCUGCUUGGCUCCCCUGAGCUGAGCAGUGCCAUAGUCACUGGCUAAGCACAUCCACUGAGCACUGUCAGCCAAUGAGCGAGCAAGACAAGCAAGCCUAGAUGUGACAUGGGCACCUAGGGAACCCAGGUAAGUUGUAAAACUAUUCUGAAACAGUUUGACAAAUUACACUGUAAUUAUGCCAGAGCAGAGGGGCUGUAGUACUUAUGGUGCUUUGAGUAUUUAAAUACACCCAUCCAAAGUAUACUGUUAGUUUGUUAAAGGACAUAGAGAGCUUUCAUGACAUAAACACCCUAUAUGUAACACAACAAUGACGAAAAGAAAAAUAUAAAAAAACCAAUAUGUUGUUUAUAAGAAUUUUAACAUGACUAGUGUAGCUAAAGAAUGUUUUUGUCCUGACUUUGGGUGUGAGUCAUAUGUUUAGGAUACCAUUUGUACAUUUAAAAAAAAAUGUUUUUUUUUGUGAUAGCUGUUACAUAGAAACAUAGAAUGUGACGGGAGAUAAGAACCAUUUAGUCCCUGGCAGGGGCGUACCUAGAGCAUUUGGCACCCGGGGCGGAUCCUGUACCCCCCCAAAAUAUGGAGUAGUCAAUAACUAGCCUAGCAAGAGAGUUACUCAUUACGUUCUGUGGUAAAUACAACAUCUCGCAAUGCAUGGCUGUGUAUGCAGCAACUCUCAUCCAUUGGAAGCAGUAAUAUUUCAAGCUUUUCUGGAGUUAACUAGCAUGACACCAGAAGUCUAUCGUUUUCAUCUAAAACAGGUCUCUGUUUUGUUUGACAUAACAGAGUCCCUUUAAUAGCAAAUAGGACAUCGGAGUAGAAAUCUAUGUACUGGUCUGUUCUUUAUUUGUCCAAUUUCUGUUAUUUGUGCACUGAAUGGAGAAGCACAACACUGCUGAAAUCACAAUUGUAUUUGUAAACAAAACUCAACUAUUUAAUAGAAACUAUAGGGUGAAAAGUAGCGGGAGGAUGGCAGUGCCCAGAGACUCUAGGCAAUAUAACAUAGCAUUGAACUGAUGGGUGUGUGUUAUUUAGAGUGUCUCUUUAAGUUUCAUUUUUUCUGUACUAUGUACAGCUAAGUACUAUGUUCUGAAUUCAGCAUCGAUCAAGUUACAUAGCAGGGGAUUGUGAUACUGUGAUAUUGUAACCAGGGGAAAAAAGUUCACACCAAAAUAACAACACAAUAGCGUUAAAACAAAAUGCCUGAGAAGAUACAAUACAUAUAGCACAAUGAGGAUAAUAUCUCCAUUAUGCAGGGAAAACAAAUGAAACAUCUGUUUUGUGGAAUUAUAUCUGGCAGUGUUUAGACAUUAAAAAGUGAUUGUUCUAGAGCUUUAUUUAGCUACACAAGUGAUGUAUUUUUCAUCUGUGGUAGAACAGCGUGUUUUAAUGUCCACCUGUCAUAAGUGCCUGUAUUUUUAUUUCAUAUUUACAUUGUGUUGCCUGUUAUCUUUGCUAUCUAUAUAUACUUUGUUUUUGUUGUUUUUUUUACCUCUUCAAUUUUUAUGACAAGGUGACAAAGUAUUCUGCAACUCUUAGAAUUAACCCACGCUAGUAAUUGUAGGUUGCUGAGAACAAUAUUUGGGUGGGUGCACAUCUACCCUUUAAUUUCUCUAUGUCAUCUUCUAGGUGACUAAAACAAUAUAGCACUAUAUACAUUUACAUCUGUGCAGUUAAUGUUUAAGUAUGGCUAAUGGAUUUAAUUAGACAAGCAGUCUUAAAGCGUUAAUAUUUGUAACCAUUAUAAUAUGCGUAUAAAUGCCAAGACGUGAUUUUAUACAGACUUGUACGGACAGGUUUUCGAUCUAGCAGCCUUUUGGGCGUUCCUUAUGACCGUGUCAUAGAGAGAGAAAGAAGAGUUACCAAACUGGAUAUACCAAAAACCUUACAUCACAGUUGUUUUUUUUAUAUACUCAAUAAUUCUGAUGUUGUCUGGAUAAGAAAAAGAUGUUAAAAACAUCAAAUUAAACUUCCAAUUUGAUGUUUAGUAUGGGCUGAUAAGUUUCCCCAAAUUUUAGGAGUUGAUGAAUUUUCUUGAUAAGCAGAGUGGCCUCUCUUGUAUGUUUUUUGUUUUGUUUUUUCUCUCCAUUUUUAAUGGAUAGGGGUUAUAAAAUGUAUCAUUUUAGUUUUUUAAAAAAAUAAAAAAAUGUAUCACACAUUUUAAUUGAAUUUAAAGUAGAAGUCCAACACAACGAUGCAGUGCAGAGUAGUAUAGUAUUUUUUGUUGGGGAAAACGUUUGCUUAACAUUGUUUCUUUAAGCACGCGUUAUAGUUUGUCCUCCACAAUAUGUUGUGUUUGACAAUUCAAACCUCAAAUGUUUACACUGACAUGGUGCACAGUUGCUGCUGCUAAUUUGGCAGGACAUUCCAUGUUAGGAGUGAGCAGAUAGUUAGAACAGUAUUGGAUUCAACUGAUCCUUAAAAUAUGCUUUGUCUGUACCUUAAGCCUUCGUGUGCACUUCAAUUGUGUUCAUUUCUGACAACUGAUGGCUUUGCUAAAUGGAAAUAAAUGUACAUUCAACCUGAUUAAACAUUUUAAAGGGGUAGUAUUGCAUUAUCCCAUUUCCUGUGAUCAUAAUUUGCCUGGCUGCUCUGGGAUAUUGCUUAUGUCUACUCUGCUUCCACUGGCAUUCCCACUUCACAAAAUAAAAAAUUUCUGAUAUAACCAGGGCCACAAUUCCUGACACCCCCACCUAAAUGCACUUGUAGCAGUGUGAUUCUAUGGUGGGGUUCAGUAUGGAACCCGUGUUGGUAUAGAUCAGCAUUGCACACCUUGGCGUCCUUUAAGAUGCAACAUCACCAUAAAUGGCAGAGCCAGGUGCUAUAAGGUGUUUGUCCAAUAAAGACCUACCUGUACCUUGCAAAUCAUGGGCUAAAAUCAAACUGUUUCAUGUAUUACAGAUAAUUUCAAUUUUAAUUACUUUUACGUUCCAAGCUCAAAAUGGUAAAAAUAGCAUCCACAAAGAAUAUAUAUUAAAAAACAAAACAAAACAAAAAAAAAAAAAACUACAGAGCACCACGAAUACCAAACAAAACUAUCUGUUUAGAUCUACUUCAAUAGGGUCUAGAGCGCCACGAUUCCACGCAAUGUCUGCAGAGCUCUCGCUUGUGCUUGCACGUGGUUGUUUGCUACCGCCACUAUCUUUUAAUGUGCACGUAUGUUUAUUAUUAUAAUCCUGUAAUAAAGGUAAUACUGAAAAGUGCUAAAUGCAACAUUAAAAGUGGGUUACCACUUUUUCUUCACUUCUGAAAAAUAUGUAACCUUGUUAAAGGACAAAUAUAAUACUGCCCAAAUGCCAAUUAAAAUUAAAUACACCUGGACAUAAUUGCUGUGUUCUUUCCUGAUGAUGUCCCCAUCCUCCCCAAAAUAAUGAAUCACUUAGAACUGAACUUGAAAGUAAGUAAUAUGACCUUAGUAUCAAGUUUCUCUGCUUAUAAAUACAAAAGGCCUUCAAGUUAUUAGAUCAAGGUCUAGGUGGAAUAGAAAUUACUAAAACAACUACUAGCAUUUCGAAAUCUUAAAUUAUGGGAAUGUUUGGCUUCAAAGAGUCUUUAUUCUUGGUGGUUUAGCUUUGUAUGCGUAUUUCUAACAAUAAGCCACAUAGCUUUGGUCAGUUGGGUUUAGUCAGUAUUUAUUUGAAUGAUAACCCUACAGUUAUAUCAGAAAUUUGGGCUAGUGCAUAAAAACAAUCUCCAAGAUCAUGCUGUGGAUGUUGGUAGUCAUGAUCCAGCAGCAGCUUGAUGGCUACGGUGCAAUCUCUGGACUGGAGGGAAUAACUGUACGCACUCAUCCACCCUCUUCCACCGGUAAUGAAUGUAGAUUGGAAAAUGGUUCUAAUCUGUAUGCACUGAUGUUUUAUAGUAAUAUUAAAUUAUAAUUCCUGCUUUUCAAUUCUCAAACGUUUUCCUUUCCAUAUGGAUAUUGUCCAUAAUCUUGCCUUUCCAUUCACUCCCUUUCUUCCAGUCUAAUUCAUAGUAUUACUUCCAAUACAUCCUCAUCCAUCCGAAUUUUCACCCAUCUUAUCUGCAAAUCUUUCAAGUCUCUUUAAUAAUAAUAAUAAUAAUGAGGUUAAUCAACUGGUUACCAUAACUCACCGUGAUACUUUUUCCUUUUCUUUUGUUCUCGCUUCCUUUGUAUUUCCAGGCCUUUGAAGUGGCAGAGCGUGAGUUGGGUAUCCCGGCUCUGCUCGAUCCAGAAGACAUGGUGUCCAUGCAAGUUCCAGAUCGUCUCAGUAUUAUGACCUAUGUAUCUCAGUAUUAUAACCAUUUCCGUAAUUCUAAUCCAGGUAAGAUGACAGUGGAGGAAACCUGCCACAUUUAAUUGUCUUCAGUCUAUCUGCUUGUUUUCCUUUUUGUUUCCAUAUAUCUUAACUUUGUGACUAGUUUUUUUUUUUUUUUUACUUUAAUAUUAUACAUUGUGCAGAGUAGCAGAACAUGUUGGCACUUUGUAAAUAUUCUAUCUUCUUAAAAUGUACUUCUACUGACCAUUUUUCUUACUAAAGGAACUCCUCAACUCAGGCAGACCUCUACAUCUGAGCCAUCUCUCAAAACGCUCACUGAAGAUGCCUCAACACAGGUAUGGAAAAGCGUGAUCUGGCAAAAAUCUCCCUUGUUUAGGUUUUGAUUUUAUAGUGCUGUCACAAUCUUAUUCAUGUUUAGAAUUUGUUUUGGCAGUUCAUAAAAAUGAAUAUGGCUAUUACUAGAAGGAAAUGAGAAUAAGCAUAAUGAGGAUAAAUGUUCUAAUGACUAAAGCUGGCAAUGUAACAACAUUAUAAAAAGAAACACAAAAAAACAAUCAUUCAGAGUUAUUGAAAAUGUGUAGAAUUCCCUGUAUUCCACAAUAAGUAUAAGGUUUUUAGCUUUUGUAAUAAGCAGGUGUUCUCUCUGGUAGGUCUGCGUUCGUAGAGUAAACUUGCUUAUUUAAACUUUUUUUUUUUUCCUUUUGAUUCCUGUCCUAAGAUUUAUUUUGUUAGUCUCAUAGUGGGAUCCUUUGAAGACCGCUUAAUGAUUUUGGCAAAAAAAAUUGAUUCCUUUGAAAUGUACAACCUUUUUUUAAAUCUGAGUAUUGCUUUAUAACUAUAUCAUGCUUCUUUUUUUUUAAGAAAAACAUACAGACCAUUCUAUCCUGAUAAUAAACAGUUGUGAGUUUAUUUCUGUUGUAUGUGCAGUUUUUGCAGACAUCACAAAUUUGUGGUUUGCAAUAUUCCCAUUAGUGGCUGCUUUAUACUGACCUAUCCAGACAGACCAUUUUAAUGUUAUACUUGUUUAAUACAUAAUACCUUAGCAGGUAUAUGUUGGUAAUGUCUGUAAUGUAGAAAUCGACACUCCUCUGUUCUGGAACGGAAUGCUCCAUCUUGGCUCUCUGUCAGUCCUUGAUAUAAAAAAGGCGUUGCAGCUUAGUGAAAAUAGAAACAGGAACUAUUUAGUAGUGCAUGUCUUGAUUUUGAACUGGAUUGAAUUGUGAAUUGCUAAAUCGUUAAUAUACAAUUUCAAAAAAUACCCAGAUUAUCGACCGAUUCCUCCUUUGCAACAAUGAACUUUGAGUACAAUGUAGUUAAUUAAUUGAGCGACCACUAAGUGUUGAAACCUACAGAAUUGCAAAUGUACAAAUUGAGCAACUAUGUAUAUCUCACAUAACAUAAUGAAUAUUGUACUAGUCAAUGCAAUUUUUUUUUUUUUUUUGCUUCAUGCCCUGUGCUGAAAUGGUUUAUUACCGUGUUGAUUGUAAAACCUUAAUAAAUUAAAUAAUAUAGAGCUUAAAAAAUUAAAAUAAAUAUUCUGCAUCACGAGAAAGGGAAACAUUAAGUUAACACCUAUUAAAUGGGAUUUUCAAUGUAUUAGACCCUAUAAUUGAUCUAAUUAUGGUGUAAUUUCCAGAGAAGCGAAUCCUGCUCUUGGAAGCAUGUUAAUUAGUUAACUAAAACUACAAAGCUGUAUACUUUUUCUGUAAUUAUAGUAUUUAUUAGAUUUUGUUGAAUCAAGACAAGUCAAUAAUAAUAAAUGAAUUUAACCUUGGUGAGGAGGUCACAGUCUAAAUCUUAUGAAUCUGAUAUUCCUGGCAUUAUGCAGUAAUCAACGGUGGAAUUUAUAAGAGCAGAAAUGAAGAGGAGGGAAGUGCUACAGAAUACUGUGUAACAAGUGCUAUCUCAUUUAUUGCAGAACGAAGAUAUUUAGCAAACGUUUCGGGCAACCAGCCCUUUUUCAGGACAAUAGAGACAGAGAAAGGACUUGCUGCCCGAAAUGUUUGCUAAAUAUAUUUGUUCUUAAAUAAAUGUGUUAGCACUUGUUGCACAGUACACUGGAGCGCUUCCCUCCUUUUUUCAUUUCUGAUUUUGUGUAACCACUGAUGAAGCCACAGUGUGGGUGGAGGGGUGAUUGGGGGGGUGGGGGGGGGGAGGUAGCAGCACCUCAGAGACUAUUUUGAUUAUUGCACUGUUUAAAAUGUUUCUUGGCAGCCAGGUAGCCUUAGGCCUAGUAUAUGUGAUAACAUUGUAAUUAGUCAUGCUCUUAUAAAUGCAAUCUCCCUGUCCAUCUAACCUAGGAUGCUGUUGAUAUCACCAACUCACCCUCUCGGAUCUCCCUGAGCAGCACUUGCACCCUAUGCCGUCAGCAUGUGCAUCUGGUCCAGAGAUACUUAGCAGAUGGUAAACUCUACCAUCGUCAGUGCUUCAGGUAUUUUUGUGUCCAUGUCAAUGAUGUCCUAUCACAAAUGUGUGUAGUCCCUAUCUGCCUUUUACUUUUUAUAGACACACAUGCAUUGUAUUGUAUUAUCCCAUCACGUCAUUAUUGUUAUUUUAUUUUUUUUCCAUAUUGUCCUCUUUAGCUCUUUUAUGUGACUUUUUUUCCUCCCAUAACUUAUACUGGCUGAUGAAAUAAUUCUCUCUUUCUAUUUCCUUCUCUAACCCAUUCCCAGGUGUAAAGAAUGCUCCAGUACCCUCCUUCCUGGUUCGUAUCGUCCUGGCCCAGAGACCGGCACCUUUGUGUGCACACACCAUCAUCGAGCACGCCUUGGCACUAGCAGUCCUGAAUCUGGACAGGAUAACGCUGCACAAAAAACAGCAGCAAAUCCUCCUCCCAAGCCUCGCACUCCCCCAAAGCCUCCACUUCCUAACAAACCUCAGAUAGAUACAGACCAUGAAACAACGCCAGACUUGCGACCAGUGCCAGCACCAAGAAGAACAAGUGACGUCAUUCCUCAGCCAUUACCUCGCUCACGUACCCCUGCAGAGCGAAGUCCAGCAAGACCGACAUCUCUUAUGAAUGGUGAGGUGUUACAAGGUAUUAUGUAGAUGAGCGAGAGUUUGAUGGGGAAUAAAAAGUGGUUCAACCCUUUUCUUUCUUUCUUUUUUCCGGGACCAUAUAGGUAGUCCUCAGACACAGACAACCACUCCACCAGUUCCUAAACCACGUGGCAGGCCAAGGUCCCAUGAUAGGUAAGUGCUUAACUCAGAGAAGGUUUUGAGACAUUCCUAGGAUUCUUCAUGCAUAGAGAAAAAUUCCCACUUAUUAUGUAUGAUAAGUGGAACUAGGGCUCAGGAAUGGACAAAGGUUUAUGGGUUAAGAAGAAAAAAUAUACACUAGAAUGACAAUUGCAUAUACAAGUGUUUUUAAAUUUUAGGAAAUUUGAAGAUGUAUUUUUCUUCCUUUUUUUUUUUCUUUUCCUGUAUAAUGUAUUAAAAAGCUGUCGGGGUUUACUUUUUGCAUAUGCACUCAAGCUCUAAUUAUCCAUCUCUCCAACAUGAUGAAAAGUAUAGAGAAUUCAGUGCCUUUUCUUGUUUAGGGAGGAAGAAGGGAAGAGGCAGAAAGACCCUCCUUGGAUUGCUCUGGUACCUCCUACAGAGCCCAGGAGGAGGGCUGCUCCCCCUCCACCAUCCUUGGAACAAAAGCCUGAUGUUGGGGAAAAGUCCAUAGAGGAAGCAGGAGAAAAAAGUCCGUCCUCAAAACCCACUGCCUAUAAUCCAUUUGAAGAGGAGGAAGAGGAGGAAAAUGGGAUCAAUGAAAAUUCACUGAAACCGAACCACCCAUGGUAUGGAAUCACUCCUACUAGCAGUCCCAAAACUCCCAAACGGCCAGCACCUAAAGCUCCUAAUGCUUCCCCUCUAGGUAAGAAACCGCAGGUUAUUUGAUUAUCUCCUGCAGCAAGUUUAUUUUGAAUUUCUGCUAUUUUGUUCUGGUACGAUGUAUGUUAUCUUUAUUUAACAUUCCGCUGGUAUAUAUUAAUAUAAUUUUACUAAAUGACUUUAUGAUUAUAUUUUGUGUUUAUAUUCUCUUCUUCUGUAAAACAAAGCAAAUUGCAUAUCUAUGCCUCAUUUUAAUUCUCUUUCAAAACAGGAAUGACUAAUACUAGCCUCAUUUCUAUAUUGUAACUUAAAUUGCUUGUUUUAGGAAGGGCAGAACUUUGCUUCCUCUGUUUGUAGCUGCUCAACUAAGGGUUAAAUCCCAUACUUUUAUCAUAGGAUAGAAUUUUCCCACUAGGAAACGUUCAACUGUACAGAUCAGAGGAUGGGUUGGGGACUCAUGAAAUUGAUUUUAGCAUUGCUCUCUAUAAUCUCUAAAUUGGUCCAAUUUGAAAUUUAGUUUAUCAAUUUUGUAAUCUGUGCAUAUUUUUUUUUUAAGCUCUCAGAUAUUCGUUUAUUCAUUAAACAUAUAUUUAAAUUUAUGUUAACAUUUGGAUUUGCUAAUAUGCACUAUGAUUAGUGAUGAGAUACACUAUGAAUUAGGGGACUAUACAAGUUCAAUAUUUGUAGUGUUUCUUGCAUGUCUAGCACUUGUUUGCUUGCAUGUUUGCCUCUUCUAUUUUUUUUUCUUUUUCUUUUUUUACUUUCUUGAUUGGCAUUGUUUCUGCUUUACCCAUAUAAGCCUGUGGUGGUCAGUGGAAUAUACUGCAUGUAAUUGAGUGAUUAGACAUGGCAGUCUGGAGUCUGUGCUGUAAUUGUUAGGUGUGUUGCGUUUGUGUGUAUGUGUAUACUCCAUGUGGCUCCACUGCAUUGGUGAGCUAAGAUGUUUUCAAUGCAACUAGCAUUAUUCCAGCCCUUCAGCGAAACUCUUAAUUCAGGCUUUUUAUUAAACCUUUUCAAUAUCAUUAAUGGCACAUGCCACCCUCGCUCCUAAUAUUUAUUAUGGUCCUUGAGCCAUUAGUACAACAUAUUAAACAGGACACCAAAAUUAGAGGCCUUCAGACUGCUACAGGAGAACAAAAAGUGACGCAAUUUGCAGCUGAUAUAUUUAUGUUUAUAACUAAGCCAUAUACAGCUCUCUUUCAACUGAAAGCCGUGCUAUUUAAAUAUGUAAUAAACAAUAAUGCUAAAACUCUCAAGCUCUCCCUGUUGGGAUGGAUAAUAAGACUAACUUUGGCAUACCUUUUGGAAAACCUCCCUGGCAUACUAUGUAUUAAGCUAGUAAGUUCAGUGACAAUCUUAUCCCUUUAUUACACAAAUUGGAUCAACAUUUAAAAUCAUGGAGUGGCCUUGAGGUGUUGUGGCUGGGUUGGAUAAAUGUAGUGAAGAUGAUUUUACCUCAUGUUUUACAAUUAUUCCACCCAAUGCCUGUCCUCCUGCCAACACAACUACUAAAUAAAUGUCAACCUGUCAUUAAAACCCACAUUUGGAAACAUAGACCCCCAAGGGUGCCCUAUAGAUCUACCUCAUUGCCGACUGCAUUGGAGAGACUGGGAAUCCCCAAUGUAAAAUCUUAUUCUCAUUUCUCAAGGACUCGCACUACUGACCUCUGGCACACCUCCUAUUUGGAUUGAACUUGUGUUGAACCAUUUAUUAUGGGCUUCAUACCUAUCUAGCAACUUAUUAUUAUUAUUAUUAUUAUUAUUAUUAUUAAUAUUAUUAUUAUCAUUUAUAUCUCAUGAUGCCCUUUCUACUACAAGUUGCUUAUUACUCAGGUGGAAGUGAUAGCUAACCAAGUUAACGUCACCAUUUCCUAUGUUGAGUUUGGCUCCCAUUCAUACUCUAUGGGUCAUAACCCUGAAUUUGUGACUUGGUGUGUAGAGAUCGAGGAGUUCUCUCUCCCAGCAUGAGAACUUUUUACAUAUCUUCAAAUUAAGAACGUUCUUCUAACCCAUAAUAUAAAGGGAUUUGCCUCCUCUAACCUCUUCCAUUUGGUGUGAGAUGCCCAGAGAACAAAGCUGUCCAAAAGGCACUAUCCCUUUGUUAUAAAUCAAUUACAUGCUUGGUUGGUAAAUCUAAGUUACCUUAUAUGAUCAAAUGGUAACAGGACAUAAAACAAUUUCCCCAAAGUCAUUGGCUACACGCAAAAAAUAAAUCACACUUUUCGCUUGAAGGAGUCUCUCUCAAUGGGAAGCGUAUUGUAAAAUUCCUAUGAGAUAGUAUUAUGUGCCCCAGCGCUUAGCCCCCGAUAUAUCCAGUAAGUUCUCCUGAGGGUUGACUUCGCCGGAAUGAACAGGGAAUUUUAAAGUACAUAUUCUGGGAUUGCUCCCAGUUACAAUCCUUCUAGAAGCAAAUGCAUGAACUUAACUUAAGUUACAAAGCUCCAUCUCACAUUUCUCCCCUGAAGCCUACUAUUACAUUAAUUUCCAGUGGAAAUGUCAUCGCCUUCUAUUAAUUUGGUCAUCUUCUAAGGUCAGCAUAGCAAGCAAUUGGAAAAGCUCCACCCUCCAUAUGUAGAAGCAGUUUUUACAGUUUUAGACUAGAUAAGACCUACGAAUACGAGCGUAAAGCACAUAGAUUGAUGGCGUGGGAGUGUGUGCAUUCUGUGAUACUGGCAGGGUGGGCCCGAGCAAGGUCUUCAUAUCUGGGUAAUACACCAAACUGACUUUUUCAUAUACAAUAACACCUAAACGUGUUUCGUACAUCUAAAUCCAUGAGAUAAAAAAUUGUCCCUAUUAUAAAAAAGGUCACCAAAUCCUUUAUUUACCUCUAUUAAUCUUUAUUUCUAUUUUCUGAUUGUAAAAGAUGGUAAUUAGCAUACCAUUCAUGUUAUCACAUGGGUAUUAUGCACAUAACGUCAUAACUUUUCUAGGUCACAUUCAAGCUACAUGUACUCUCUUGUGUAUAUGAAAAUAUUGCACAUACAAUGAUAAUCAAAAUAUUAUACCACAAAAACCGCUGCUUACUAUAUUGUAAUUGUUGACAUUAUUUUGUAAUAUGGCCUUUAUUCUUUUUGAUACCAUAUAUGCAAAGAUCUGUCAAUGUAUAUGCAAAAUCUUUAAGAAAUGUUAUACAUUUGAAGAAAAUAAACAGAUGCAGUGUGGGCAUAAAAAAAUACUGCAGUUAACGUUAGCUUGGCAUAUGAUUGAUUGUUGAACAGUUCCUCUAGAAAAAUAUCUGGGUCAAGCCCCUAAAGUGGUAAUUACUAGACUAGAAAAACUGGCAACAAUUCCUGUGGAAGAUUAAAAAGUAUUAAAGGAUGAAGUGAAUAGGAGGGCACAGAGUUCCAUGAGAAGAGCAUUUCUCAAUUAAGUGGAACAAUGUAAGCAAUUUUCCGCAGAGGCUAAAGUCUGGAAUACUUUAACAUAAAUCAAAGAAGCAAUCGGCUAAAUAAGUCUCCAUAGAGGAGAUUGAGACAGAUGUUGAAAGAAUAGAUAUAUUUCUUUGUUUUUUUGGGGAUGCUCUGCUACUUGGCAGACAGGAAUAAGGACCUUGUGACACCAUUGAACUUUAGGACGUCAUAUCUAGGCAACAGAUACAUUGUAGAUGAAUAGCCUCUCUAUAUGUUUAAAUAAGGUGUCUGUUCAGGCUGUUAUCUCAAUGGACCUAUACAUAAGGUGACAGGAUUUGAAAAGGUGGUUAUUAAGUAAUUUUGUAGUUGUGUGGCUUUUGUAUUCUCCGACGAAGAGACAUUCAGAUUACAGAUCCCGUGGAGCUAAAUGUAGAUCACACUUUAUAUACACAGAAAAACGAACAUAUCUCUCUUCUCUGCCAUCAAAACAUCAUUGUUAAGAGGAUAUGAAGGUGACAGGCACAGGAAAUAGUAAGAGGAGGAUAUUAUUUUCAGUUUUGGUUGGUCUUUGCAAUAUUGCAUUCUGUUGAAUGGAAAUUUUCUUUUGUGUCAAUAUUUGUUACUAUAAAUAUUGCUGAAAUUGUAACUGAAAGAAGUGAUAGAAGCCAUUUAUUGGGUUAAGGAGGACCGGAACCCUAAUCUAGGAAUUUUCUAAUUCUCAAACCAGGUGAGAAAUUUAGACCAAUCCAUUGCCAGUAACUUCCUAUGACUCCAAAUUAGAGGUACAUUUCCAUGUGGAAUUAAGAUUUAGUUCUGCCAAAUGGGCAUCUUCAUUUUGGGAUAAUCCUUGAAACAUAAAGGUACAAAAUCUCUUUGAGCCAGCAAGUCUCCCUUGUGUAGCUCCCUCUCCCCCAGUGUUCCUUUUCCCUCCCCUCCCCUGUACCUUAGUGCCAUCCCUUGUUCAUCUCUCUCCCCCCUAGUGUUCUUUCCCCCCCUCCCCUGUCCCAGAGUGUUCUUUCCCCCCUACCCCAGUGUUCUUCUCCCCCCCCCACCCUCCCCUGUCUCAGUGCUUUUUCCUUUCUCCCCCUGUCCUAUAGUGUUCUUUCCUUCGUAGUGUUCUUUCCCCCCUGUCCAGUGUUUUUCCUUCUCCCCCUCCCCCAUCCAUAGUGUAUUUUCCUUCCCCCCAUGGUGUUUUCCUUCUCCCCUCCCCAUCCCAUAGUGUUUUUUCCUUCCAUAGUGUUUUUCCUUCUCCCCCCUCCUGUCCCAUAGUGUUUUCCUUCCCUGUCCAUAGUGUGUUUUUCCUUUACCCCCUCUCCUGUCCCAUACACCCUCCUGUCACAUGUUUUCUCCCUCCUGUCCCAUAGUGUUUUUCCUCCCCCCUCCCCUGUCCCAUAGUGUUCUUUCCUUCUCCCCGUCCCAUAGUGUUCUUUCCUUCUCCCCCUUUUCCCCCCUGUCCCAUAGUGUUUUUUCCUUCUUUUUGUAAUGGCGCAAGCCAGAUAAAAUUUGUUUGUGUCCUCCCUAGUAGAUAUUAAGUGUUGAGCACAUACAUUUUUAUUUUUUGUUGUCCUUUCUUGCUGUGUGAUUUUUGCACUCCAUUUCAGUCUUAUUCAAAGUGUCCACUACCUGCAAUUAAUUUUAUUACAGGAUGCCAAAUCAUUAUGCAUCGUUUUAGUCACCAUCAUUCUUUUAUUAAUCCCAGGCAUACAAAGUUCACAGAUCUCAUAGAUCAACAGUUAACGCUGCUUUACGUUGGAUUUAAUAUGUAAUAAUUAGAUGUGCAGAACAGAAGGCAAAUUCCUUAUCAAUGUCUGUAUUGCACAUUCCAAGUUUUAACAACUUUUUUUUUUCCAUUUGGCUCUGGAGCUUAAAAUGCUCUGAUUUCAGUGUUGAGUGCUAUUCUGGCAUGAUAUUUUGAAUACCAUUUCUUAAUUCAAGUGGAUAAGAAAUCCAAGACCUGUAAUCUAGUGCCAGGCCAGCAUCAGCAUCUUGUUCUAUUGGGAACAUCCAUUUAAACCACUCAAAACAUUUGACAUGAAGUUUCUGUCUUUUAAAACUAACUUCAUGCUGACCGUUAAAACAGUCAAACAUUUGGGGGAUAGUGGGCUGUAAAAGAGCCGUACUUGAUAAGCAGAGUCCUUAACAAAGUGAAUUUCAAAUUUAAGGUUAUUUAUGUCAGUCCUUUGUUUUCAUAAACUGUUCUUGGGGUAUCUCUUAUUCUAAAGGGUAAUCCACACAUGGAUCCCUUGAUCAACCUGCCACCUCACUGACAAGGCACAAAAUUAUCAUCUAGAGAUUUUCCCUAUAUAAGGAACCUGUUUCAUUUUACCUGAGAUUACUUUUGUGGAUGGUAUCAGUUUGAUAUUCAAAUGGCGCAGGUUCUCCAUAUUAUGGCCCAAGUUGAGCCACAAUGUCUUAGAGAGAAUAGGAAUUAACCAAAGGAUUCUCAUUGUUUUCAUAAAUAAAGCUACUUUAGUGUUUUCCCACCUGGGCCAACAAUAUUGAUGGAAAUUAAACAGGUGAUUCCUUUGUAUGAUAUUCUAUCUUCACAAAUCUGAGGCCAGAAGGAACUCACAUGUAGUGACAUAAUUAUCGUUAGAUUAUCAUCAUCAUACUUAAAUAGACAGUGUCCCCUUAACCCUGGACAUAUAGAAACGUCCAUAUUUACAUUACAGUGUUAAGACUGCUCUAGUGGAUAUCUACCAAAUAGCCACUAGAGGAGCUUCCUAUAUUUUCACAGUGUUUCCCCAUAGGAUAGCAUUGAUGUAAUGUUUCCCUAUGGGGAAGGCCUAAUGCGCACGGGGCUUUCUGUGAAUGCAAAGUAGGUUUUUAGGAGGUGGAGAUGGUAGCUAGUGCCGUGGGACCUCUGUGCUGGAAACUGGUAAGUAUUCACCCGUUAAUUGGGCUGGAAAGGGGAAGGAGCGGGGACACUGUAGAGUUUUUUUUUUUAUUUAUUUUUUUUAAAUCAUUAGGUCAACAUGAUAUUUAGUGCAUCAGUGUAUCUGCUUCUGAAGCAUUUAUCAAUCUUUUAUAGUAAGGAUAUCUUCUUACAUUCCUGCCACUUGACAGCAAAUCACCUUCUGUACACCCAGUAAACAUGAGGUUAAUGAGGUUAACUCCUAUGUAGUUACCAUGCUACUUGUACAAUCUUAGGCUUACAUGUGUGCUCAGAGGUAAUGCACCACUUUAUUAGAAUGUCUGUUGGCAUAGCAACUGAAGGGAAGAACGCACACAAAUGGAAAGAGCAAAGUAUGUGUAAAGAAAUGUACUGUCUGCAUUAAUGGCAGUUUGGAUUUAAGGUCUUGUACAAACACUGCUUUGCUCCAAAUAAACAGCAUUUAUGGUUUCCUAAUAGAAACCCUAUCUUCUGGACACAUGAGAUCCUAAAGGCAUCUAUAGAAUAUAAAGAGUGAAAGGUUCCACCAAUUUGUACUCUUGGGAAACUCUCAGAUUCCUUGAGGAAUAAGUUAUUGCCUCUACAUGUAAAUUGUGAUACACCUUUUGAGUCUUGAACUCCAUGUUUCAAUGGCAGCUAAAACCUCCGUCCAAGUUUGGAAACAAGGAAUGGUCACGUUUGGGGACAAUGCUCAAGUAGCUUAUGGGGCAGAAAUGGAGGAGAUGUAUUGGAUGGCCAAUUAGCUUUUGUCCUUUUCUAGAUUAAGCUCCACCUGGUUUUGAGAGAAAUUAGACUAUCCCAUUCUUAUGCAAAUCCUCUUUCCACAUCGCUCUUUCCCUUUUGGGAUGACAGCAGUUUUGUCACUUUAGGCCUUCCACAUGGAAUGAAUGUUUGACUUAUGUAAUAAGGUAUAAACCAUAGGUUUAAGUAAGUACGUUUUAAUAAUUUUUCUUUUGCAGCUGUCUUACUAUGUUUUUGUUUUCUGUUGCCACCUAUUACUUUUUUGCUUUUCCUGUUUCAUAUGGUAUAUGGCCUUUUAAAAAAAAAAAAAUGUUUUUAAAGAACGUUUUAAAUUUCUUAAUACUGAAUUGUUCUGCUUUCUUUUCUCUAAAGCGCGACACUCUGGCCUUCUGACUUCUCGUCUAUCUCAUUCAGAGCCUCCCUCAGGCAGUCCAUCUCCAGCUCUUAGCACAGAGAGCCUUCCCACUGAGUCAUUAAAUGGAAACCAUGAACUUGAAACUGUGCCAAAAAGCUCCUCAGAACCAACCAUCCACUCACCCACAAAAUCUGGACCACCAGAUGUGGAGAGUCCACCUUGCCUUAACAUGCCUACUGACAGCCCCGCUCCCAAUGAUCUGUCCACCAACACCAGCCUCUCUUCAUCAAGUGACCUAGUGAAUACAAAUGAGGUAGUGGCCAGCCCAUCUCCAGAGAAAAUAAACUCAUCCAGUGAGAGCCUAAGAGCUAGCCCCAGUCGACCAGCCCCACAACCCCCUAAUGUAUCCAGCCAUGAUCCUGAACCAAUAGAAGGUACAACUCUUUCUCCAGAAGCCAAACAUCCAGCAAAAGUGAGUCAUACUUUCAGAAAUAACACAAAUAUAUUAGAUUGAAUAUUUCACAGUUAAUUCGCUGUUUUGUAUAUUGUUUGUUAGUAACUUUUAUUCGUAUAAGCAAUUCAGAACAAGAUGUAAUGAUUGUUUACAAACGUUAGAGCCAUGCUUUCUGAUGCACGUCGUACGAAAUUGUAUUUUAAUUUGUUGUAGACCAUAUAGUCUCUGGUCCAAAUAUGGCAAUAAUGACAUUUCCUACUUAAUUCUAUCAAUGAAUGGCAUCCUUUUGGCCUAUUGAUGUUGGCACAUCUUAUAUAGGUUUAGUAACUUUUCUAGUCUGCUUGUAAAUGAAAACCCAGUACGUUAACAUAAAAUAAAAACUUGUUUCACUAUAUAAAUUCUUACUAAUAAUUUAUAAUAAUCACUUUUUACAUUCUAGUCAAUGUGCAAAGAGAAUCCAUUCAACAGAAAACCAUCGCCCAUCACCUCUCCCACCAGAACCAGUAGUCAGAAAGGCCCCAAACCAGCGCGUCCACCCGCACCAGGACAUGGUUUUCCUCUCAUCAAGCGUAAGGUACAAUGGAGUUUGGCAUUAACAUUGUGUGCUGUGAGUUGCCAUUGGAAUAAAUAAUCCAAUUAACUUUAUCAAAUUUGUUUAAAACAUUUAUUUUGAGCUACAGAGAUCUUUCGCUCAAGAGAUAUAAUUACAAAAUAACUAAGCAGAAACUAUAGGUACGUAAAAAUAGCUCAGGUCACACAGUGAUGUAACUGUGAAAUGAAUACUGAAUUUUGUUUGGGUUAUCUACAGCCUUUUUCUAAACAAACAGUAAAUGAACAUAAAAUUAUUCAAAUAAUUACAUAAUUUCUGUCCUUUCAUUUUGUCCAGUAGCUUAACAUAAUCUGUCUGGUGCUUACAGGUUCAGGCUGAUGACUACAUCCCAGAAGAUGAGAUUCAGAUGGAGAUGGAACAAAUAGAAUUGCGGCUGGAUGAACUGGAGCGGCAAGGUGUUGUGCUGGAACAAAGGCUCCGCAAACUGCAGAAUGGUGAGUGAAUCAUAGCUUCUUGGCAGAAUUGGUUUUGGGAAGUGCAGGUAAAUGAACAAUUUUGUGACUGUGCCUUCGUCCCACAGAGAGCGAAGAAGACAGUUUACUGGUCGAUUGGUUCAAGUUAAUUCAGGAGAAACAUACUUUGGUGCGUCGAGAAUCAGAGCUUGUAUACACGUGAGUAGCUUCCUAUUUCAUAAUCCUUUGACAUGCGUUUCCCAUGCUUAAGAUGUUUAAAAAAACAUUUAAAAAAAAAAAAGUCCUGAGACACUUGUAUUUAAAGAGUGAAAAGCUGAUCAAUAAAUUUUCAAGUCUUGUUGCUACACCUGGAGAAGAUUCCUACUAUUGUCCAAUUUGAAAGUGUAAUUUCUCAGUAUAAUUUCAGGUGGAAAUCUUUAGAAUUUUACUAUUUGUUGAGCUUUUUUGUUCCUGUAAUGUUGAUUGUAUAUGAUGAAGUAUUUUACUUGGGGAUAUUAGGCAGUUCCAAGUUGUAGACUUGACACAAACCUACAACAUUUUUGCUCUUCUCCUUUCUCAGUAACCUCAACGAUAUACUUAGUUCUGUCUUCUAAUAAAGAAAUAGUGUUGUGAAUAAUAAUCUCACUAUCUCAGUGGCUGAAGUACUCAACCUGAAUCACUGUGCUAUGUGUCCAUUAUCUUGUCUCCAUCUCCAUACAUCCAGGUCCAAGCAGCAAAGUCUUGAACAGCGGCAGGCCGAUGUAGAAUAUGAACUGCGUUGCCUUCUAAACAAGCCAGGUAAAACUGGGGUUAUGGUUUACAUGCAAGCAGGUGAAUGAGAAGGACAGUGUCAGAAUUAUAGUUGAUCCAGCACACAGAAUAGUAUCAAACCUAGGACUAAGGAUAACUUCUAACCGGACCUUAGAAUGGCCGGACUUAACAUACCUGAGAAUAGUCAAAAUACUUGCCGAGGUCAGGGACACAGAAAGAGACACAAGUAUGAGGAAAGCCAGAAGUCAAGGAUACCAGAAAUCAGGUUGCACUAUUGAACUGGUCUAUGUUCGAAGGGAUUCUCCCAAACAUAGACCUGCUUUCUAGCACACGCUUGAAACCGUUUUUCCCUGAAAUAAGACAUCCCCUGAAAAAAGGCCUUAGUGUGUUUUUCAGGGGAAAAAUUAAUACAAGACCCGGUCUUAUUUUCGGGGAAACACAGUAAUUUUGAACUUUUAUAUUGUACUUGAAGGGCAACAGAUAAGGUGAUUUUUGUAUAAUUUUUUUUAAGGCUAUCACUUUGAUAGCUGAUCCAUUGUAACAUUGUUUGUGUGUCCACCCUUCAAUUAAUUCAAACAGCCUCAAGUGUAUUGCUUUCAGGACACCUUGCUAUGCAUAAAGGGGUCAGCAUGUGAUGUUCCUUGUUAAUUCUCCAUAAUUCCUGAUUUAGGAUAUAAUGGAAUUAGAAAAAGUGGAGAGGAGGGCUACAAAAUUAUUAAAAGCAAUGGAACAUUUUAGUUAAGAAUUUUAAAUCUAUUUAGUUUAGAAAAAACGCACCUCAGAGGGAAUAUGAUAGCAUUACACAAAUAUAUCCGGGGCCAAUACAAACCAUUGUCUGGAAAUCUAUUCACAAACAGGGCUAUACAUAGGACACAAUGUCACGUGUUUCGACUGGAAGAAAGGAGAUUUAGUCUAAGGCAAAGAAAAGCGUUUAUUACAGUAAAAACAAUAAGGAUGGUGCAAUUCUUUACCUGGAGAGGUGGAUCUAUCAGAGUCUGUACAGAUGUGUAUACAGAAACUGGCUGCAUACUUGCAAAAACAUAACAUUUAGGGAUAUCAUUUUUAAUUUGUGUCAGUUAUUUUAGUGUUUUUCAUGUGCCGUUUCUAUUAUCUAUACUUUUUCUAUAAAUUUUUCUCAAUCUGAUAUAAAUAAACAUUUGUUUUUCAUUUUUAUUGAGCAGCGGUUGUUUCAAUUUAAUUUUUCACUAAGCCAGAAUUUUGCUAGUCAGCUCUUUUCUACGGCCAUGCGACUUUAGAAUGUGCCUUCAAUCUACUCAAAGCUUUUCAUAGCAAAUUAAUAUUUUCCAAACCAGUUUAAUUUAUUAUAGGAGAUAUUCCUACCUGUUUACUAUUUACAUAUUUGUUCCUAUUGACUGUUUCCAUAGAAAAGGAUUGGAUAGACGAGGACAAGGAGCGGGAGCAAGUGCUGAUGCAGGAGCUUGUGACGCUUAUUGAGCAGAGAAACGCUAUUGUCAAGUGCUUGGAUGAAGACAGACAGAGGUACAUACAUUGUUGGUUCAGACAAGCUUAUCAUUUUAAUUACUGUCAAUUAGAAUGGGAUCAUUUUGUAUUGAUGGUGACUGGUCCAUGAGGUUUUAGAAAAGAUGACUAGCAUUUCUCCAAGAGUCCUCAACAUGUGGGAACAUUUUUACAGUCUGCAGAAAACCCUACACAAGAAUACAGUGUUGUAUGUAUUAUUUACUGCACAGGGGGUUACACUCCAACCAACUUUUAUAUUAACUCACCAAAUAUUUAGAUUCUUCAAAGUUUACUACCCUAACUUUGUGGCACUUUAUAAAAGUACAGCCAAUCCUUCAAACCCUCAAUGUGACCUCUGACUCUCACAAUAAUUUUUGUCGUAUGGAAUCCCAUACCACAUUGUAGUGUCUGCCAAUAUAAUCCAUUGUUGAUGAAAAAUGUUUAUGAUCAUUUUCAGAGAUUCAUGGUGUGCCUCACUUUCGAUAUUCCUUUUGUUGUGUAGGACCAGCAGAAACUAGAUGGAAGUCCAUUAUUGUCAGACCAAGUAAAUCCCCAUGAUUAUUUUUGUUAAUCAUAGUCAUUCUCUUUUCUUUGCAGGGAGGAGGAGGAGGAUAAAUUGUUAGAAGCCAUGAUCCAGAAGAAAGGUAAAUUCCAGUAUGUGAGAUGUGUGUAACUCUUCGUAUACAGUAUGUGUUGAGGCAUUCUGGAAUAUUUCAGGGAGUGUCAGUGACUCAUGUUUAAGUAGACCUUGAGUCAGAGAAAUAACUCAGAUCAUCCUUAAAAGUUUAAGUUUUUCAUUUUGAUCCUGCCCUUUCAUAUUUUAAUUGUAUUUAACAUUUUUUUUUUUAUAAGAAAGUAUUUUUACAUUCUCAUUAUUUUUAUAUAUGUUAAACCUCACUCUUCCAUGUUCAUUCUAUGUCUGAUCUGCUUAUUCCAUAUCUUUUAUCUACAUUUCCCUCUUGCCUCUGUGUAUUUCACAAUCUCCAAUAUCCCAUAUUAAUUCUAAGAAUUCUGUCUGGUUUUUAACAUCUGACUUUUUCUCCACUGUGUUUUAUCAUCUGUGUUCUAACUGUUUUCCCUAUGUAGCCUCUUCUCACCACCCACUCACUAGGUCGGUGGCCAAAUUUCCUUCCUGAUUCCGCCCACUUUUUCAAGUUCUAUGCUAUUUCUCUCAGAUUUCCAUGCAGAUCCUCACAGAAAAAGAAAAGGAAAAUUCAAACCUAUGAAAGUUCUCAAGCUCCUCUCUCCAAAACAAGACUCCAAAACAAAAAGCCCAAAGUUUAAAACCAGAGAACCGUUGGAGGAAGCCAAAAGGUAGAUGAGGCCACCAGCGGAAGAUAGGAUGGACAGAUGGCCAUAUUUGCACCAUUCCUGGCUUCUUUCUGUUCUAUGACAGACUGUGAUGCUUUUCUGCUGCAUUACAAAGCAGGCUUCUUAUAUGCCAUAAGGUUGAUUACCAGCUUAACACAUUAACCUGUCUGCCAGAGAGUUUGCUUUAGUAGACACUGUAGUAAAGGACCUAGGCUGUAAGGAGUUGAUUUGAAAUAACAAGGGCAAUAUUUGCAUCCUCCCUGUGGGAGUAGCCAUGUCAGUUGCUUAUUAGCCAUAUUUUGUGCCGUACAGCUUCCUACAUCACUCGCCCAUUUUGAUGAGCAGGGCUGAAAGUACACACCUGGCCUUGGUAAUAUGGUUUUAUGUGGCUUGUUUUGAGGUUUUGUGUUGUCCAUUUUCAGAUUUUAAUUAGUCAACACAAAAGCCAAUUAACACUUCUUGUCACACUGCAUCUAUUUGUGCUUUUUUUCUUUUUAUUUGUUACAUUUUUUAUAUAUUUAUUUCUGUAGCUUAACUGCUUAUAUGCCACUGAACAAAACAUUUGGGGACGAUAACAGCACAAAAACUAUAGAGUGAAAAAAUACACAUGGAAUAUUUAUUAAAUGUUACAAAGAUACUCUAUAGGAAAAAAGUGGCAUUUUUGCCAACCAACUUUUUCCUCUUUGUAAAUCUACCCCACUUGCAAAGUCGGAGACAUAUUUCAAUAAUGAUAUUUUAAUGUCUCUACUCUAUAAUGGGACCAUACACCGCGUUUAUUGAAUGAAUCCUAGUUUAUUUACACACUUACUGCUAGUUUUACAAUGAGUAAUGAAUUGUAAUUGCUUAUUGUAUUGGUCAUGAGACACUGCAAGAUUUUCACAUCAAUAUUAGGCAUUUAUUUAAAAAAAUUAAAAAAGAGAAAAUAAUUUUAUUCAGCUGUAGUUUAAAAGUUGUGUGAGUAUGUAAUUGAGACAAAAUAGUCACAUUAAAAUGUAACUUUUAUUUCGUAAAUACAUUAAAAUAUUAAUGGGUGAGCAAGAUCUCUUUAAAAAAAAAAAAAAAAUUGUAGAAAACAAAUCAAGUAAGCAAUUAUUGCACAGAGUCACUUUAUAGGUAUAUAUAACAUGUAUAUUUUCUAAACAUUACCCAUACAUAAUACCUGGUAAAGUAAAUGUCUAUUGACUUGCUGCUAAGGUUUACAUUUAAACCAGUUAAUACUAAAUAUCCAGUUCAAUUACUAUUUUAAUUGCUUUUCACUGUACCAUUAAGGGCCUUGUAGUGCAAAUUUUAUUAUUUCCUUUGGGGGUUAUUUACUAAAUAAAAGUCACAUUUUAAGUUCCCUUAUUUGUCCCAGCAAUUUCUGCACUAUCCUUUAUUAGAAAGGAAUUUCCAACCACCUAUGUUAUUUUAUAGCAAGAUCAAAAGGAACAGUUGGUCAAAGUCACCCAGGACGUGGGGCACGAAUGCAAAGCUUGCCAAGUGACUGGUAAAGAACUUUAAUAAAUGUUCAUUAUUGAUAUGUGGCAAGUGGUCCUCUGACCCUUGCUGUUUAGAAGUUAUAUUAGUGCCCAAAACUGAGAGUGGAUAAGUAGAUUUGUGCCAGUCCCCCCAUACGUUAUCAGUUUAUAAAUUAGGAGUACCCUACCUUUCUGUCUAAAAUUGGAUACUCUGCUAGUAGUACAGUGAGAAGAACUGAGGUCACUGAUGAAGGGCAAUAUUCAAUCUGAGAUGAAGAAGGGGAAAUAAGAGACAUAUUAAAAUGUGUGCACCCCUGAUUUUGUUGUUUUGAGUGCAUAGGAAAUAAACAUUGAUUUAUCUGGCACCUGUGAGCGGUUUCAAACAAAAUGUUAAAUGGAAUAACUUUUAAAACGUAAAAAUGCAACAGGCAUGCAAAUAUGGCAUGGCAUCACUUAAUUGAAAGUAAUGUCUUCUUUUCAUAAAAUAGCUGGCAUAUUUUCUGAUGAAAUUGCCUUUUAUACUUUUAAUACUUUAUGCCAUCAUAUAGAGAAAUGGACUGCGACAAUGGGAACUGCUGUAAACUCAUUGCUAAGUGUGGCAUCCCACAGCGCCUAUCAAGUUAUGCUUGGCUUUAAGAGUACACAUGUAUGCAUGUGCAGUCCACAGUAAACAGGAAUAGAAAAUACAGAUGUCACUAGCACAAAAUAUAGGUCAGUUAUAUUUCACUCAAAGCUCUUAUUCUGAUUGCUAGGAUCCAUUUUAAUAACAAGAAUAAUAUACUCAUUGGACCCUCGCAAUUCCAAUACUGCUUAUCAUUCUGUUUAUUUUUCUGCACUUGCUUUUUUCACAAUAAAUGUUCAUGAGUUCCGCACUAGUAAUUGUAGUUCCUGUCUGCUAAUGCUGGGUCUAGCUUUAAAUUUCAAGUCCCAUGGUACUAGCUAGGCUUUAAAAGUUACUUUCCACUGCAAGCUUGGAGUGGGCAUGGCACACUCACGACUGGAGACUUUCAACUUGCUAGUGGCAAGUGGACAUUUUGAGCCCUGACCUAGAGGCCACCAGCCAGAGGCUUCAGAUGGCCCUAUUACUGUGGCAUAUGCUCAAGCAAUAAGGAUCAGGUGAUCCGUAGACUCCAGGUUGUAAGUGUCUGAACCACAACAUGUAGGUAGGGGAUCCCAAGCCCCUGGCAACAUCUAUAUACACUAAUCUGCCGGAUCCCAGCAUAAAAAUUCUACUAUUGGGAACUCUGAGCAGCAUAACCUCUAAAGCUUGGUAUAGUCUGGAUGUUGCAGCUUAUUUCUGUGUGUCAAUGUUCUGGAGAAGUUUGGCAAUAAACAGGUCUUGCCAUGGCAAUCAGAGACCUGCUUUUUCUUGGCUGCGCUGUUAAAGGAAUACUCCAGCAGAAAUAUAUUUUUAAAUUAUUUAGUAGACAUACCCCCAGUGAAAACAUUUAUGCAUUUGUUCAUUGGGGGUAUAUAUCUAAAAACAGGCUGCAAAAGCUGCCGACCUUCUUAUGGGAAGAUCUCCGAGACUUCUCAUUGAGAAUCAUCUGAUUUUGAGCCAGGCUGAAACCUAGAAAGUCUAUGGGAGGGACUGAAUUGGAUUGGGGAGGAGGGCACUCUUGUGCUUGGGGAAGAAGGCAGUCUAUUUAAAAGACGUACCACCAAAUAAAAUCUGCAUGCAUUUGUUCAUUGGGGGAUAUCUAAAAUUGGGGGAUAUCUAAACUUUGCAAGUUCUUCUUAAUUCUCCCGCAAUCUUGGUCACAGCACAGCAAGUGGCAAAGUCACCAUCAGGGGUCUUUGAAAAGUAUACAAAGAUCCCAGAAGGUGACAGAGCUUCUUUAAGAGAAGAUGUUCUUCACACAUAAAGCACUUCGACAAGAUAAAGUGCUCUAUGUGUGUGGCGUGUCCAUUUAAUACUGUUUUAAAAUGUACACAUAAUCAGUGUCAAUUCCAUUCAACCAGGAUUACAUUGAUUGGUUUAGAUUGGUGGGGGCAGGAUAGCCCAGCUUUCUAGGCCUAUGUGUGCCAUCAAGUUUGGAAGGAAUUGACAUCGAUAAAGGGUAUGUAUAAAUUGCAUAUUAUCAAUGAGGCCUGCCUAUAGGUGCCAUGCAAAGCACCGUUUUUAUCAAGCACCCAGGGACUCCAGGCAACAUAACCACUGUACUUAGUUAAAGGAUUCUGUUUGUUAGUGAGUACCAUUAAUUGUCUUCUUGAUUCUACUAUCCCUUUUCUCUAAUAUAAGUAUUAGGAGGCAUCUUGGGUAUUUAAUAUCCAUAAAAAAAAUACUUAAAAAGACUUAAAAUAAAAAAAAAAACUCGUUCAUAAAAUUUCUUAUACUAUAACAUUAAGUAAUUCAUGUAAAAUGGAGCUUCAAAGAAAAAAUGUCACAUGCAAGGAGGGAAGAGGAAUGAGACCUACAUUGACAGAAAGAACCUGUGUCUUCCAGUGGAAAUUCUUGCUUCUGAUUGAGUGAAUGUACAUCCAUUCAGUCACAAUUUAGCCCUGCAUCAACCAUGCUGGGAUUACGAAGACACAUUCUAAGUAAAUCCAUUGCAACAAAGAGGGAUUUGUCCUGUUCUAAAUGUAUAUGCAAGGAUUUUCUAAGUCAAUUACCUGUUUCCAUUGGUAAAAUUUAAUGGGUUUAUUAUUACUGUACAUGGCUGGUGGAGUCUCUGGCCAUUUCUUUUAUUUAACUCCAUUCUUAUGGAAUGUAGGACUCAUAACAUGUGGAACAUAUAUUCUGUACAUAUGUAUCAUCCUUCCCCCUGCACAGUUUUGUGUACAUGUCUGACGCGUGUGCUUGGCAGUCCUAAAAAGGGUAAUUUAAUUGCUACCAUUUUUAUAUUUUAUCAAUGUUUUUGUGGAAGAGGAAACUAUAGCCAUAGAGUUUAUCAUUUUGUAUCCCCUUAAGGACACAGCUUUAGAAGUAAAAGGUCAGCAUGACGGCGGAAAAUUGCUGUCUGGUGUCCUUAACCCCUUAAGGACCAAACUUCUGGAAUAAAAGGGAAUCAUGACAUGUCACACGUCAUGUGUCCUUAAGGGUUAUAUUGCCAGGAAAACAAAUGAGUUCAAUGCGAUUUUCGCAUUGAGGAUCGCGGAAGCGGCCUCCAGUGGUUGUUAGGAAGACAGCCACUAGAAGCUGUAUUAACCCUUAAUGUAAACGUAGCAGUUUGUCUGAAACUGCUAUGUUUACACCUGCAGGGUUAAAACUAGGGGGACCUGGCACCCAGACCACUUCAUUGAGCUGAAGUGUUCUGGGUGCCUAUAGUGGUCCUUUUAAAGGGGAAUCGGGGGAUUACACAGAGACAAAUCUAAUGUGUUUUUGGACAUAUACUGAAGUAGGUAUUUAAUACCUCUGAACACAGGGGUUAAAGUUGCUUUUGCACUGGUGUCCAUGCUGCUUUCUAAAUUUAACCCAAUGCAUCAUCAAAGUGAUGCAUUUUAGUAAAUGAGAAUUUCAGGAAAAUCGUCAGAUACGUUUUGAAUGAGUUUUGAUAUUAAAAUCAGAGAAACAUUGACACAGACAGAUUAUACAGUAAACAUUCAAAAGUUACAGUUGUAUGAAGUCAGUUGAUCUAUUGCAAUCUACAAUACCAGAGGCUUUUUGCCAAAUAUUUUAUAGGAUGAUUAAAUUGUGAUUGUAUUUCUUUAAGCAUAGAUUUAGCUAGUAGAACACAGCCAGUAAAGUAUUUACAUAAUACUAUUGAGGGAAUGUUUUGUACAUGAGUCUCUCUACAAAGUGCAAUGCACCAAAUUUCAAACUGAAUAGGCAAAUGUCUAGGAACAUUUCAUUAUAAUUAUAUUUAAUAUUUUUGGUAUUCUUAUACCCUGCUAUUAUUGGCCCAGAAAAUGCCAGAAUCCAUUAAUUGGUGGUUUUCUAAAAUCUUGAAGUUUUAACAAAGAAUGGCUUCUGAAAUUGAAUUGUACAUAGCAUACAGCUAUUUAAUUGUAUACCCAUAUUGUUUAACCCCUUAAGGACCAAACUUCUGGAAUAAAAGGGAAUCAUUACAUGUCAUGUGUCCUUAAGGGGUUAAGAAGGUUCCAAUAUAUUUUCUACAAUCUUGAUUUGUAGAACUUAUAAAGGAUAAUAUUAAAGAGACACCAUAAACAACCUUAACAACUUUAGCUUAAUGAAGCGUUUUUUUGUGUGUAGAUCAUGCCCCUGCAGUCUCACUGCUCAAUUCUCUGCCACUUAAGAGUUAAAUCACUUUUGUUUCUGUCCAUGCAUCCCUAGCCACACCUACCCUGGCUGUGACUGACACUGAAAAACUAAUAGUUUAAUUUUUAGUUAUAUGUUACUUUAAAAGCUUGUAUUUCGUGCUCUGUAAUUUUAACUUUAAUUACAUACAGGAGGCUCCUUCAGGGUCUAGCAAGCUAUUAACAGAUCAGAAGGUAAAAAAAAAAUCUAUAUGAUCAGACUUUACAAUAAAAGAAGUGUAAACAUUGGAUGACUCUUUACAGGAAGUGUUUAGGAAGGCUGUGCAAACCACAUGCAGGGAGGUGUGACUAGGCCUGUAUAAACAAAGUGAUAUACAGUGGUACCUCAGUUUACGAAUUUAAUGCGUUCUCCGGGACGUUUUGUAUUGGGAAAAAUUUGCAAACCGAAACACGGUUUCCCAUAGGAAUGCAUUGAAAACCAAUUAAUCCGUUCUGGAGGUUAGAAAAAAGUCAAAUGAGCUGGCAUGGAAACCUACCCACAAUGCAGAACACACAGUAAAAGGCAUGCAAACAACAAAGCUCAGCUCCCUUCCAAAACCGCUGCAAAAAAAUUCCAGAAUGGCUCUAAAACCCGAUGCAAAAGCCACUCCAACACCUCCACACUCGACGCCACGUGCUACCCACGGACUCCAGCAUGCACUAUAAACCUCCCAGGCACAAUGCAUCCUGGGAAAAGCUUUGUAUUGCAGAACAAAAUUGUAAACCGAGGCAUUAUUUUCAAUGGAUUUUCAUUUGUAAACUGAAAAUUACAUUAACCGAGGCGUCUGUAAACCAAGAUACUAAUUGUAACUCCUGAAUGGCAGAGAAUUGAGCAGUGAGACUGCAGUGGCAUGAUCUAUACAUCAAAACUGCCUUAUUAAACUAAAGUUAUUUUGGUGACAUUAGUGUCCCUUUAAUGUGGACUUGCCAUUUUACUACAUUUUACAUUCCAGAAAACUGAGACACAUGUUACAAUACAAUUUGCAUAUACAUGUGUGCAAAGCCUACCUGCAUGUAUUUCAUGCAAAAGACUGCUGGAUUUGCAAGACUAAAUGACUGUUAUUUCCCUUAAAGUUGUUGGGUGUUUUCUUAGUUGCUAGAAGAUUAACCCCUUAAGGACACAACUUUUGAAAUAAAAGGGAAUCAUGACAGAAUAUUUCCAUCAUGUGUCCAUAAAGGUUUAAAUGCCUAUGAUAUUGUUAGAAGUAGUGAGCAGGUAUGGUGGUUGAAGAACACAUAUAUAGAAAACAAAACAAACCUCCCUCAAUCAGUGGAUAGUUUUAAUGAAAUACACAUUAUGAUGCUGUAAGUGGUGUUUGCUAUGGAACCACUCUAAAUCCUACAUGUGCUUGCCUUUUUCAGGACAGUGGUUUGUGUAUGUGUCUUCAGUUGUAAAAGUUGGUGAAACCUCUUGAAAUGUCUGUAUUAUUGCUAUAUUCCUACACAAUCUACCCUGAAAUGUGAUUUUUUUUUUUUUUUGCCCUCAUCAAAGUCUUAAUAAUGUAGAUAAAGAGUCUAAUUAAACAAAUAACAUUACAUAUUUUAUUUGGCCAUUGGUCUUUGUUGAACAAAUGUUUGCAAAUCUAGAUUUAGUGACUGUGGGUCUUGAUUUAGUGACUGCGGGCAUUAACAAAUCAUGCCACAGGUAGAGUUUACUCAAAGAUUGCCCAGCGGCCUUUCAAUCGUUGAGUUUUUAAAUUGUUGGCAUGCUCCGUGGCAAACAUUCUGCUGUGGUUUAUGGAUAGACAACAUGACGUUAAGCUUAAUUUCAGUGAUUACAUUGAGGUCUUAAGGAUGAAGGUCUUAAGGAUGAAGGAGAGUCAACCUUGGUACUCCUACUACCAUGCUUCGUGGUUGGUUCUUUUCUUGCAGUACAUUGUUUAAUAGUUGCCAACAUGAACAUUCCUUAUUUAUGCCAAAAAUAAUUAUUUUUUACCAUCAAAAGAGUCUUUGUUAAACUUGUGCAUCAGGAGAGCAUACCACCUUAAUAGUGCUCUUCUAAUUCACAUAUUUUUGUAUGCAACAUAUGUUGUGGACAUUGACUCAAUGGGGACAUGAACAAAUGCAUUGUUUGAGUUCUUUGUUAAAUCUAGUUCUCUUUACAGCCAGGACUUUGAUGUUUUUUUCUGUAAUCUGUAUGUGUUCUAUAUAUUUAAUAUAGAGAGAGACACAAAACACUCACCCGAUAUAUUCACCAGGUGCUGCUGAAAUGAACAUAUGCACAGUACAUAGAGGAAUUCUUAUAAAACAAGCCAUAGCUCUUUUAAAGCUGCAUAAAACCCCUAUUUCACAUGGAAAAUGGAGAUUAAUUGCAUUUCAUUGUUUUGAGCUGAGUUUGUAUAUAUCUAUGUAUCAGAUUCCAAGAGGCAUAUAAUGGAAUUUCAGAACUGGAUAAAGGAACGUGGCACCCUGCUGUUAAACUUUGUAAAUAAUAUUCCAUAACCCUAAACACCAGCUAUCCUAAAAACCAAUGAUUCUUUGUGCUAGUGCCUUUUUUGCUGUCUCACUCCAUGUUACAUCAGUCUGCAAUUGUGGGUCACUUGUUAUGUGCCAUGUAAUAUUAAUAACCCAAAUGGGAUUCAAUCACUCACCACUCUCUAAUCUCAACCUUGAUAAAGGUACACAACACAGUGCAUUGUUGCACGUUUGACUAUACUGUUACGCUCUAGCUCUGCCUGUUUGAUUUAUUUUUUUAUAAUUAAAUUAUUGCAAUGUUUGUAACUGUUUGAAGAAAUCCUUCUGUAUCAGAACAAAAUAAAAAUGAC